GGCGUGUAAUCAAGUGUCAUAAUAAUGUUUUUUUUUUGUCCACAAAUAUGUGUAUUUUGGAAAAUUAAAAACCAUUAAAUUACAUAUUACAAUGGAAAUUAUUUAAUUGUUUACAAAAUAACUGAAUAAUUAGUAAUUCAUUAUACUAAAAAAUAGAGGUUAGGAAAUUAGUGAGGUUAUGGUUAUGCAAAUCUGACAUGGCGAAAGGCGCCUAAGAAUUUCUCAUCAUUCAGUGAAUAAAAUUUGUUAUUUCUCAUUAAUUUCGUCAUAAAUUUUUUACUUUAAUUAAUAAUUCAAUUAAAGAGAGUUUCGUUUAUAAUUGAAAAAUAGUGACAAGUGUUUUCUGUUUUAUAUUAAUAAAAAGUGUACUAUUAUUUUUAAUAUACGAAAAGGGUGUGAAAAACAUUCCUUAUCGUACUUUUUUUUCUAUACAUAAAUAGAAAAAACAAACUAUUAUUAGGAAUUUAUUUAAAAAAAUCAGUUAAAGCACGUAUUAUUUAUCGUGUGAUAAGAGUAUUUAGAAUAAUAACAGCAAAGGUCAUUGUUUAUUUAGAGCAUUCUUUCGAUCAUCAUCAUCAAUAAUUGACAAGCUUUUUGCGAGAGAGAGAGAGUCAGCGAAAAAUAUGUUGCGUGGCAUUUGUAAAAUGUCAUUUACGUCAGAUAUGAAAAACACACGUUUUACAUUUAAUGUUUUAUUUUAUUUUGAAAAUUAUUAAAAAUCAACAAAUUGCAAUGUCAGCAUUGAAAUUGAGUAUGCAGGACAAAAAAGACUUGGAUAAAUUUACAAAAUUUUUGGCCCUAAAAGCAGCUCAAAUUAUUGUGCAAUCAAGAUCUGGGGAAAAAGUCAAUACAAAAUGUAAACCAAAUUCAUCAGGAACAGAUUGGUUUAAUUUGGCAAUUCAAGAUUUGCCUGAAGUAUUGUCAGAGGCAAAAAGAGUUUUAUGCAGUGAUAUUAUUAGUUCAACGAUACCAUUGUGUAUUGAAAUUUCACUUCGAACUGUUGAAGGAGACACAAUGGUGUUAGAAACUUGGACAUUGGGUGUUUUACCCGAACAAAGUGAUCCAACUAUCAGAGUCACUUACACUGUUUAUAAUAGAAUGGGAAUUUUACUUAAAUCCUUGCUCUCCGUAUCGAGAGUGACGCCAGCUUAUAAAUUAAGUCGAAGACAGGGUCCCGAUUCGUAUGUUAUUUGCUAUAGAAUUUAUAUGGGCGAACCUCAACUUCAUAUUUUAGGUGAUAAUUAUAAACGCGUGAGAGUUGGACAAUUAUGCACUCCUGUUGGCACAAUUUACUUGUCAGUAUCUUAUAGAACUAAAAUGACAAUUUCACCAACCUACAGUGGACGUGAUUCAAUAAUGUUAAAAAGUGAUCAUUUUCAUUCAGAUUUAAGUCCAAGGCACGCUCGAUAUCAACAGAGCGAGGAGACAUCAAAAUCAUUGAGUGACACAAUUAAAGUCGGUGCAUUCGUUUUGAAUAAACAAAUAGUUGUAAACGAGGAGGAUUUAGUGAUUCCGGACGUUCCAUUUAGUUCAUUAUUGAGCUCAAGACAAAAUUCACCACCUUUACCAACAUCGGGAACAGAUUCAACAACUGUUCCAACAAUAGGAACAACGACAGAAACAACAACAACAACAACAAACAGCAGUAAUGGAAAUACGGAAAAAGUAUCAAAUGACAAUGCAACGUGUAAAUGUAAUUCACAAAAUGGCUCAAGACGAAGCAGUUGUUCGAUCACCAGUGCCAACGACGACUUCAUUAUGGUAGACCUGAAAACGCCAUUUGCUGGAACAAAUACGAAUAGCGAUCUAGGCGUUUUUUACAGGGAAUGUCAAAGUGCACCGCAACUUCAAGCAUUCACGGAAGAAUUAACAUUGGCUGAUCAAGUGGGCGAUUUGACGAAAAAACUCGAAACAUUUGAAACUGAUAUGCAACGGUACGAAGAUCUUUUAUCUUCUCUUUAUCAAUCAGAAAACAAUAACUAAGCGAAUGCGGAUUGUCAUAUUAUAUGACAAAAAGAAAAUUCUACCUCGUGGUUUUUUUUUUGGAAAAAAAAGACUCGUGGUCAGUUUUGAGUCCCUUUUUCGCAUCUCAUAUCAAGCUUUUUAUAAAUAAUGAGAUUGAAUCUAAAAAACUGAAUCCUAAGAUAAGAUAUUGUUGCAUCAUUUGAUAAUUAAUUUAUAUUGUUAAUAUUUGCAGGGAUGGACAAAUUAUUAUGAAUGAUUGAUGAAAAAUUAUUUUUCAUAUUAUGAUUCCCUCGGAUUUGAAUGUUUAAAAAAAAUUGAAAUAACGUAUUAUGUGAAGAGAAUUUAGAUAUUUUUUCUAUAUUUUUGUAAAUUGAGGAUAUUUGUUUUUUUUUUCUUUUAUAUAUAAAUAUAUAUAUAUAUAUAUGUAUGUACUUACUAAUUUCUUUUUGUUUAAGAAAUAAAUUUUCUAUAUUUUUUGAAUGCGAUGUGUGUGUUUUGAAAAAUUAAAUUCUAUAUUGUAUGAAUAUAGAAAUUUUUUUUUGAUGAAAUUGAAUGUUAAUAUUUAAGUCAAUUUGACCAUCUCUGAUUUUGCCUAUGAAAAUCGUGGGUUUAAUUUGACAAAUAUUUGUGAUUUCUUUAUAAGUCUGCUAAUAGAAUAUUAAAUUAUUGCUUGUACAUAUUAUACACUGUGCCUAUACGUUAUUAUAAUAUUGAUAGAUUAAUAUUAAA